AAUUGUAAUAUUUUAAGUAAAUUAUGUGCGAACAAUUUAAUAAAAAUCAAUUAAAUUAAAAAAGAAAUUCAAUAACUUUUGAAUUUUCAUAAAUUUAAAUACUCAAAUAACAGUGAUUUGUUGUUAUUUUCAUUUGAAAAUACUAAAAUAUAGAAGCUAGGAAAAAGUUUAUUGGCAUUGUGCAAUGGUGGGUUUAGUGCAACCAUCGAAAUAUGGUGAAUAUUUUCACGAAUUGUAUACAAAUAGUUCUGAAAGGAAACUACAAGAGACGAAAGGAGGUGCAAAAAGAAACAACAACAAAGACAAAAAAGCAGCCGAGAAUUUAGUUGAUAAUGAACAACUUUUCCCUGCCUAUUCAUUGGCCCACAUCGAAUUGAAACCAAAUUCAUCAAAAUUUACAGUCUUUUCAGCCAUUCGAUCAGCCGUUCUAGAAGCUGAUGCAAAAUAUGCAAUAUUUCAAGAAAAAUCAUCUUCUUCGAAAAAAAUCAAAGCCUUAUCAUCUUGCUGUUUGAUAUGUACAAAUGCUUGUUUAGCGAAUAAUUUAAUUGAAUGUUCUUGUCACAGCAAUGAAAAGAGGAAUGCUGGUGGGGCAGAUUCUGUACACAGCGAUGGUGAUACCGAAACCGAUGAAGCCGUCGAAAAAGAGGUACAGAUAGCCAAAGUACCACUGAUUGUCGGUGCUGGCUUACGCAGUCUUUUCGAAUUGAUCGGUGAUGCUAGGAAUAUUCAACCUAGCAUAUGCACCAAAGCUCUGAAGGCUUUAUUCGAUGUUAUUCAGGGGCAACAUCCGGAAAGUUUUAAGCUAGAACCAGACGAUCUGAUAAAUCCACUCUACGAUCUGCUUCUUGACCUAGCUACGAUGAGUACUUCUUCGGCAGGUCAACAGGCUUCGCAUUCACCAAUGUAUGAAGCUAAUUGGUCAAAUAUUGCUUGCUCAUCGCUAAUCGGACUGUGCAUUGCUCGUGGUGAUACCGGGAAGAUCCUAAAGGCUAUUGCCGCACUCUUAAAGUCUCCAAAACAAUUGUCAGCUCAAAUAAUUAAGCUACCACUGGUCUUGUUCUCGCUCCAGCGGACUGUUAUGAGUGCGGCAUUAAAUAAACCCAUUCGACCGGACUUUCAUUCCCAUGGGAUUCCUCAUAAUUGUUUAGUCGAUGAGUUCUCAUUAAGAUCCAUCUUGAGUACAACAACGCCGCUAACAUCGGUUCAACCAGCAAUGGCAUCCGAUGGGACAUUCAUUUAUCUCUUAUAUCGAACUUGUCUCUUGAAAAUCGGCACCGGAUUCAAUGGAUCUUUUAAAGGACAUGUCUAUGCUACAAAUACAGAAUUUGGAAGAGAAGCAUCGGGAUGGUUAGGAUUUUGUGCAGGAAAAUUAUAUUUUAAGCGUUUUUCCAAACGUCUCUCUGAAAACAUUCUCCUCGUCAAUACUGACACCUUGUCCACAGUCCAAUGUCCGUCCAAUGUUAAUCUACCAAUGAUUCGUGAAGGACUCAACUACGUCCUAUUUUCAGAUGAAGAAUCAAUUAACAUGAUUUGUACCAAUCGUGAUGAUACUCUUGUUGUAAAGCAAAUUUUCAAUAGUUCUGGAAUUUUGGCAUUUGACUUGCCACUCAAAUUAGCCCGGAAAAAAUUCAGGACCCUAGGUUACGCUGCAUUUGAAGACGAAGUACUCAAUCAAAAUCAAAUCCAAAAGAUCCAAUCAUCAUAUAAUAUUUUUGAACCCAAAUUACCAUCGGAUAUAGAAAUCCAAGGAAUUGCAUGUGGCAAAGAAUUUGGUCUUGUCAAGGCUUCAAAUGGAAAAGUCUAUUUUUAUGGAAAAUCUCCAUCGUUGGGCUUAAAAGCAGUCGGUCGGACCCCAACGAUGAAAAUAACAGAACUGAUAAUUUCCAAAGUGUCCAAUAUAACCCAGGUAGCCGUUGGACACGAUGGAAUACAUGCACUUCUAGUCAACGACGAUGGAACUGUAUACUUUGCAGGAACUGCUCGUCGUGGUGAGGAUGGUGACUCGUCGAAGAACCGCCGACAGCCAAAAGCCAGCAAACCAAAGCGCUUAACUCGAAUCGAUGGACAUGUGGUUAUUCAAGCCGCCUGUAAUAAUGGAACCUCGGCAUUUGUGACCAAAACAGGACGUCUUAUAAUGUUUGGAAAGGACACAGCACAUUGUGAUGCUCAUGGUUAUGUGACUGAAUUUGCAGAUCAACAUAUUACCAAAGUCGCUUUGGGAAAAGCCCAUUGUGUUGUUCUCAACUCCAAGGGCCAGCUCUUUACUUUUGGCCUAAAUAACAAAGGACAAUGUGGAAGGUCAUGUAGUUCGAAACCUAAAGAAUCUAAUUACUCAAUGGACACAAAUGUGGGAAGUCAAGUGGAAUCGGCUGAUGUGAAACUAAACGAACAGAGGCAGAGGUAUGACGUGGCAAAUGUGUGUGAUUUUGAUGAUCAUAGUUUGGGAAAAGGAAUGUGUAGGGUGUGUGUUGUAUGUAAGGAAUGUACAGCAUACAAUGUCUCCUGUGUGUCAUUGGUUAAUGUGCCCAUAGAGGAGAGAGUUCCAGGAGCGGUUUGCCCAUGUGGACAUGGUGAUGCGGGAUGUACCAAAUGUAGACUGUGUUCUUCUUGCAUUACCAUCCAGGAAAAAGACAACAGCGACAAUACCGCAGAUCUGAAGCUCCUAAGCGAAAUGAGUCGUCAGCGUUCUAAGUCUAACUUGUUGCGUCGAAAGGAUAAGCAACCACGUGAAGAAAAUAAUAUGGCUUCAGAUGCAGAAAAGGAUCCUCCAAGAGUUGCCCCAUUAGCCCCACAACAUUUGGUCUUACCAUCAAAUAGUCCAGUUGUCCAGAUAGCCUGUGGAUUGCAUCAUACUGUGGUUCUAACCCUAACGGGGGAAGUGUUUACAUUCGGAAGCAAUCAGUAUGGACAACUUGGAACUGGAGAUUUGCAAGCUGUAAGCGGACCGGUUCAAGUUAAAGUUCAAGGAGCAGUUAGCCAAAUAGCUGCCGGGAGUAACCAUACUGUCUUAUUGACCCACAAAGGAGUUGUUUAUACUUUUGGAAACUAUCAGAAAGGACAACUCGGACGUCUACCAAAUGACUUCAAUAAGUCUUCAAUGCAUGAUGAAGCUUUAAAAUUACUCGAUCCAUCUAAAGAAGGUUCUGCUGCUUCAGCGAUUAUGGCUCAGAGGCAGAAAUUCUUAUGGAAUUGCACUCCCGGAGCUGUCUUUGGUUUGGGACCAAGCUUUGGCAAGAAAGCCACAUGGAUUGGUUCCAGUGGUGAUCAGACAUUUAUAAAAAUAGAUGAAUCUCUCAUAACAACUCACAUUCUACCAAAGAUAAGUGUCAUUGCUGAUAAGAAGACAAUUUUGUUGAUUCCAACAAUUCCUUUGUCUUUCCACGCCCUGACAAUAAAUCGACGGGACGGAAGUUGCACUGCACAUUACAACAACCAGGUUAAUUUUGUUCAAAUUAUUCAAAGCAACCGCAACGCGGAACUGCCUGAGAUCAACCAGAAUAUCGAUCGAAAUAUCGAUCAGAUGUCCCGAAGUAUGCAUGAGUCGAGGAAUCAAGUAUUUGAGGUGCAUGAGAAUCAAAUACACAUGGGCGCUGGAGAUCAGAGAAAACGUCGUCGUCAAGAGGCUAAGAGCCCCAUCGAGAAACCAAUGCCACAGAUUGCUUUUGCUCUAGAUCCUCAAUUUAAUGUUUUGUGGGUGUUUGAUGGUGGAGUAACGAAGAGUGUGCUGUGCUAUAAUGUUCUCGCUAGUGAGAUUCCAAAAAAUGGAACUAACUCAUCGAAUUACAGAGCGAUUUUAUCCCCAGAAUUAUCCCUGCCAACGAAUAAACCAGAAUCCCAAGUUUCUCGAUCACAGGCAUCGUUGAAUCUGUUAGCGUGUUUGGAUGUCUUAACGUCUGCUCAGGAUUUGAUUCCAAGCUGUUUUGAAGAUGUAACGCCCGCACUCCAAAAUCAGAUAAAGGAAAACCAAUCCAACGACUACCAGAUUUUGAACCGAUUUGAAAACUUUGGCGGUGGUUGGGGAUAUUCUGGGCACAGUGUGGAGGCCAUUCGGUUCUCCUGCGACACCGAUGUUUUGAUAUGUGGUUUUGGAAUGUAUGGUGGUCGUGGUGAAUAUUCUUGCAAGUUAAAAGUAUUCGAUCUUGGCAUCGAUGGUGGGGGCUAUGAAAAGGACGGAACUCUCAUUUCCGAGACCAAAGAAAUUCCCUUUGAAUGUCCAGCUCGCAGUAAAUAUCACAUUAUGCUACCCAAGCCCAUAACAGCCUCGGCAGGGAGAUGGUACCUAAUAUGGGCACGUAUAGCCGGACCGUCAUCUGAUUGUGGAUCAGCCGGUCAGGCUUCUAUUACCACCGAAGAUCAACUAGUGUUUGUUUUUAAAAAUUCUAAAAAAGCCAACAACGGAACUGAUAUCAAUUCUGGACAAAUUCCGUCCAUUUUGUACCGACUUAUCACCCAAGAGUCCAAACAACCAACACCACAUAUUGAAACGGACCCUGUUCAUAAAAUUUCCAAAUCCUUUGCCAACACAGUGACCAAAGAGUGUUUUGAGAGUUUGGUAGCGUUGCUUAAAUGGUCAUGGGAAUCGUUUAAGCGAAAUAUUCGCGAGCAACGGGAUAAGACGCGUCAUCUUCAGGUCAAGCAGUCGUUGGAAUAUUUGAUCUAUGUGAACAAAUCAUGCUUGAGAUUGUUGAGGAAGUACACAAACGAGAUUUAUCCUCAGAAGAGUGUUAAAAUUUCGGCGAAGAAAUUGGCCGAAGGGAAUCUGGCCAACAAAGCGGGUAAGUCUGGGACUAAUACACAAAAACAAUACCUAGCUAACGAGUUACCGACACCGACAUCGCGGAAGGCUAACAUGGAGAAUGUCCAAUUAGCCGAGUGCAUUGGAAAUGUUCGAGCACUUCUAAUUGAAAUACUCAAUGACGAUAUAUUUAAGGAUAUUUGUAGUGAAGAUGGUUACCGUAUGGUUCUUGAGAUCCUUGAGGAAUGUCACACAAGCUUCGUUGCAUGCUUCGAUGCAUUUUAUCCAACUUCUUCACUUAAAUGGAAUUGUUUGUGUGAUCUCCUUUCCCAAAUGGAUUUGGGCGAUCUACACUCUCAUCUUCUUAGUGCAAUAAUUGCUGGACUUUGUAGUCCUUCCAUAAAAUUAAGAACCACAUUUUCCCUAUUGACAUCCGGCAAUGAACGUCAGUCGAUUGUAAGUCCAAGUGAUAACUUCGGUCUGCCAAUGUUAUCUAGCUCAGAGAAUCAUCAAUAUCCUAUCCUGGUGGAGCAGAUGAUCUAUCGAACUCAACAGGAGAAAACUGAAUUCGCAAGCAACACAUGGGCCUUCAAAGAUGUUCUGCUGAGACUUUUGGAGAUCAUUUCAAGUCCAGUUAGGGCUAAAAUAGAGAACAUCUACAAUCACAGUGUGAAUGUGAAUGACUUUGUCAUGUGCAAGGAUAUCAAUCAAGGGCUGAUUAAUAACUGUUGCCAUCUUUUGGCGAGGGUUCUAGCUGAGAUCGUUUAUCAAACGUCAUUGAAUGAGUUUGAAAAGGCAUUUUUGCCUCCUCGUAGUCUUCACUCGACUGGAAAUAGGUUCUCUCGAUGUGAUGUAAGUCGAACCUGGAACACGGGCAACUUUGGCCCUGAUGCCAUAGCAUUUACCGUCGAUCGUCCGGGUAUUGCUGUAGCCGGUGCAACAAUGUAUUCAGGAUCUGGAAGCUAUGAUUAUCAACUGGAACUGCUCUACGACAAUACUGUGGACCUUCAGGCAACAGGACACAAGUGGGAAACUCUCGAGUCUGUAUCGGGAUCAUAUGAUCAGGAAGCGGUUCACCAUGAAAUGGCUGAGAUAAAGUUCGAGCGUCCAGUUCAUAUUAAGGAGAAUACUCGUUACGCUCUGCGGUUGUGUUCCCAGGGAGCCAGAACAUGCUCUGGUGAUUCGGGAAUGUCAUCCAUUCGCGGACCCUGUGGAACUACGUUCACAUUUUAUUCUUGUGACUUGAGUUUCAAUGGAACAACACCAUCAAGGGGUCAGAUUCCAAGCAUCCUCUACUACAGCAAUCCCAUUAAGAACGAUGGAAACUCGUUGACUUAUGCAAAUCAAGUCACAGCUCGGGACACAGCUCUCCAGGUUGCAACUGAUAUCACCAAAAAAUGCACAGAACUAUUGAUUUUGGCCAGGAAUGCCCUGGCUGCAUCCCUCUCACCAAGUGAUAAUUCCUCAAAUCACACUCAGACCAUCGAUUCGGAGCACAAUAUAACACCGAUUGAGGAGCACAUGGAUAUUAAUUGGGCUAACAAUUCCAGAACAUCAGCUCUCUCAACAGAUCCUAGUCUAACAACUGCCAGAGAUAUCACAAAGAGAAUCGAAUCGUUCUCCAAAGGUUUGAUAGAAACCUUCAAGUUUGACAAACGAUCCACAAAUCCAUUUGACAUUGAGAUCGAGAUUGGAGCAACUGAAAUUCAUCCGAAGGAUUUAAUUGAAGAGAGUGGAGCUAUUCAGGAAUUGAAUUAUCGCAAAGGCCACGUCGACACAAAACUCAACGGUAACGAUCGGACUGACAACGAAUUAGAUGUGAUAGAGAAAAGAAGCGAUUCAGAUGAUGGAGUUUUGGGAAGUCAGAUGACGGUGGUUCAGUUGCUCGAGGUGUUCAACACAUCAUCGGCAAAUGUAUUCCACACUUUGUUACCUCUGAUUUAUGCUCAGAUUGGAACUUUAGCUUGUAAUGACCCAAAAAGUUCUGUCCAAAUCCUUGGAUUGAUCAAGGAGAUUUUGCCCCAUGUGGCUGCAUUGAAUCAACUUUAUUCGAGCAAGGAAUAUCUUACCUUAAAAUCAAAAGAUAAAAAGGUGGACUUUUCAGCUUCGGAGAUCAACAAAAAGAGAAUGGAUGAGAUAGAUAAAAGUAUGGACAUAUGUACUACAAGCAAUCAUUACUGCAUUGUAGAGAGUGAACAUCCAUAUCGUAGUGGAUCCAUAACAUGUCAGAGAGUGGAGUUUCCUCCUUGUGUACAAUGGUUUGCCAUCGAAUUCGAUCCUCAGUGUGGAACAGCCCAACUUGAAGACUACCUAUUGAUAUCAAUACCAUCUAAGCCAUAUUUAGCUGAAGCUUGUCAAGUUGACAAUGAUUAUUUAGAUAUGUUGGACAAUAAUAUGUCUAUGCAACGUUCAAGUUGUAAAAAUGCCGUCGUAACGAAUUACAAUCGAGGUGGUCUUGGAGCAAAUGCUAAUUCUAAUGCAAAUGAUAAUGAUUGGGUUGUUAUUAAGAAAUUUAAUACAGUUAGUAACUGGCCACAAAAUAUUAUAAUAUUGCCUGGAAAUCGAGUGGAAUUUUCUUUGGAGACAGCUUCGCUAUACGCUCAGGAUCCACAUAGUAAUCGUUAUGGAUUUAAAUGUCUUGUUGUGGGUUAUGAUAAUCCAACAACUGUAAAUGCGAAGAAUUCAUGUCUAAUACGACUGGAACAUGAAUUGGCUUAUUUGGGUGGGAUGUGUAGCGCUAAUUUGAUGAAAAAGGACUUGAAUUUGCCAGAUGACAAAGGAGUCGAAGAUCUAUCGACAAUCGAAGACACCCUCACAAAUCAUCAUGCUCUACUGUCAAAAGGAUUCGCUCUUUCCGAAUCCAUCUUGACUGUCAAUCAAGCUUUGGAAUCUUAUCUACCUAUUGGAUCUCAAUCAAAUGAAAGGCAAUUUUUGAAAGAUUUUAUCAGUGGAGCACCAGGUUCUUCGGGAGCCCGCUUAGCAACAUGGUUACAACCUGAAUCACGACUCGAUCCAAAUAAAUGUGAAUUAAGCACUAUCGAUGAAGCCCUACGCUAUGGUUGGCCAACUCAAAUAACUGUCAAAAUAAAAGAUCAAUAUGGCGACGCUGUUCUCGUCCCAGAGCUUAAGGUCGAAAUUAAAGCCAUCCCAAGUGGCAGUGGAACUACAAAUGGAAAUAUUAAAAUGCGACGAGUAUCAUGUACGGACACAACAUCAUUCGGUGGAAUGCAACCACCACCACGUCUCAACUAUGAACCCACCAUAAAGGAAAAAAUGUGUUUCAAAGCAAUAACAUUCAUGAAACCCUAUAAUAAUUACUCAUUUGAAGAACUUCGAUUUUGUAGUCCAAUUCAGACGCGAAUCACCGAGACACUAUAUGCCCAAGAUAUGGAAGAUGGAACUUUUAGUGUUCACUGGACCCCAAAUUCUGUUGGAAGUUAUUGUUUGACAGUUGCUAUCGAUGGUAUUCUGCUCGAGGAGGUGUAUCGUGUUGAAGUAAAAGAAGGUGGAAUGCCCCCUCCAUCACACAAGCAUGCCCUCAAAAAACCACAGCCUCCUAAUAAACUUCGAAAGUUUAUUGCCAAGAAUUCGGCAGGAUUGAGAAUAAGAUCACAUCCAACUUUACAAUCAGAACAAGUUGGAAUCAUAAAAUUGAAUGGAGUCAUAUCGUUUAUUGACGAAAUCGAAAACGACGAUGGUAUCUGGCUUCGACUGUCAACUGAAUCAAUUCGACAACACUGCAAUAUCGGAUGGUAUCCAACGGAAGCUUGGUGUCUGCAAUUUAAUCAACAUUUGGGAAAAACUUUGUUAUAUCCUGUAACAGAACAAACUACCCAAACUAAUGCUGCAAGCUCGGUUCCAAAAUCGAAUUCGAAGCCGAAACACAAGAGUUUACUCGAAAACAUUGGAUCGCCACUUGCUAUUCCACCCGAUACUCCAUCGAAGCCAAAAUCUGCUUCACACAGCAACAAAUCUUUUGAUUUUUCACAACCUAGAUUUACUCCUCCAAAGAACUCCAUGGUUGAUAAUAUUUUAUCUUCAACCAAUCCGUUUGCACUUUCAUUUAUGAGCAGUGCUUCAGAACGUUCCGAUGAGAUGGGAAGCGAUAGCGAUCAACCUGCUAAGGUUUUCGAAUCACAAGUCUCGACAUCAUCAAAUGAUUCACACAAUCAACAAGACGAAUCAAUGGCAACUUCACAUUCAUCUAGUCCAUCUAACAUUGGCUCAGCAAUAGCUGGAGUUGUUGGUGGAGGAGCGAGUAAGCUUCAAGCUUUGCAAAAAUGGUUCAAGGGCGAUAGUAUCGACGGAAGAGAUCCACAACGGAAAAGAAGUGAAUGUGGUGAUAUUGCACCAAUGACCGCUCGAGACCUAAUUCGUGCUAUCGGUGUCCAAGAACCAAGAGGUAAUGGAAAUACUAAUUCAGCUAUCCCAUCGAGUCGCAGUUCAAGCCCUUUACAAAUUCCAAAAUCUCUCGAUUCUCCAUCUCGAAAUCUUAGUAAGUCAGCUGAAACAUCAAAUCAUUCGGAAUUUCCAGACAAAUCUGCAUCGCCAUCUUCAGCCUUUGUGGAGGAUAAACAGAAUGGAGAGUUUGAGGAGCCUUCAGUUGAUACUUCCGUCAAUGCAAGUGAUGUUGAAAAUACUACUCUGACAAACAAUGUUUUACCCACUCCUACUCAUGUUGCACGAAGAGGACCCAAAAGAGAGCUACAAGAUUUGCGAACGAAUUCAAAUAUUCCCAAUCUCGACAUCAAAGUCGCAGAGCAAAUGGGUUUACUUAACGAUUCCGAUGAUAACCUUUUUUCUGCAAAAUUAUCAACUGCCGGUACAGAUCCUCCUAGUCCACCACUUUGGCCACCAACAUUAAGUCAGGAAAGUUUGACCUCAAGUCAAAAGCUCGACCUCAAGUCAAAAGCUCGUGAAACCGUUACCAUGUGUCCUCUCAAACGAGCAAUGCCACCAUCAUUGGCCGAGAGUCUUCGAGCAGUUUUUGCUGCAUUUUUAUGGCAUGAAGGAAUUGUACACGAUGCUAUGGCAUGUGCGUCUUUCUUGAAAUUCCACCCAUCAUUGCCAAAAGAAGGUGCCACCGUCAUUACUCGACGUGAAUCGGGCGAAAAUAAAAUUACACUUUCACGAGAGCAAAAGGCUCAACAGCGUCAUUCGGUUGAAGUAGCAAAUGCUGGAAACUAUUUGAAUAUUCGACCAUCGACUCUGGAAGCUUUGACCAAGUGUGGAAACUCGUGUUUGAAUAAUCGAAAGUAUAGAAAGAACAUGGGUGAAGGAAAUGAAAAUUCUGAAAAAGUUAAACUACACUCGUUGCCAGAGAUAGUUACAGUUCUCCCACCUGCUUUGAGAUGUUUGGUUUAUUUGUGGGAACAAGUUUGUCGGAAUUGUAUUCAGAUUGUGCAAUCAAAUACUUUAGAACGCCAAAAGAGCAGCUCUUCUCCAACUCGUGACUCUCUUAGCGGUAGUGGCAAGGAAAAAGUUGAAGUAGCUGAAAAAGAGGACAAAAAGUUAAAGAAAAAGAAGAAAGACGAAGGCUAUUGGUGUGAACUCUGUGAGAUAUUCCUGCCGAUUCCAGUGACCUAUCAUAUGCGAACUAUUCAUCCAGGAUGUGGGAAAUCAGCUAAAGGCAAAGGUUAUAAUUCUGUAGGUAUGUUCUGUGAAGGCUGGGCUGGAAAUUGUGGUGAAGGUGGAAAAGGGGCAUCUAGUUGGUUCCUCAUGUGUGAUGCAUGUCGAGAGAAGUAUGUCUCAUCGAAUAAAAACAUAAACAAUAUCAACAACUCUCCAAAUGCAGUUCAUUUGCCAGAAAUGAACAUUUUCGGAGUAAAAACAACAACACUGCUAGCAAAUUCCGAAAUUUACACAACCAUGAAGGAAAAUGCUAUAUUCCUUUUGGAAUUAUCAACAAACAAUACAAAUAUUCCACCAACGGCAGCUUCGAAGCGAUCUCCUCAACAAAUGCCUGUUGUUGCUGAGCACCAAUUGAAUACUCUAUCGGAUUUGAAUCUUAAACCAAGCACCAGCCGUGGUGAUUCGACUCCGAAUUUCAACUUCAAUCGACAUAGUCGUGUAGGAUUAAGGAUCACUGGAAAAAUAUUUGGACAAUCCACUCCGAAUCGGAAGAGUUACACCGGAUGUAUAUCGCCAGAUUUCAUUUGGAUGGCUCCAGAAACUUUUGCUUGUUUGGAAUCUCUUGGUGCUACCGUAGGCGACGAUCUUCCCUAUGAAAUAUUUGGAGCCAAUGCUGCUGAUUGUUACGAGAGGCCUCUUUCUGAAAUUUCUUUUGAAUCUUGUGAUCCCAAUAAUUUCGAUGCCAUGACUGCAUCCGGAACGGCUCAUGGAAGUGGAACUCUUUCGAAAUUCCAUCGAAGUUUAUCCAUGGGACAAGGCUGGUCCAACCAACAAUCGUUUAACAUUCGAACAGUGGUCAAUAACAUUGUCGAUGAGGGUCAACAGCAAAAAGUAGUUUUUCGUCGAAGAAAUAAUUCAACCAACCAAGGAGAAGGUUCCCUGCUAAUAUGCUAUCCAUCUGAGAACCUGCGCAAGCUCGUGCCCGACAAUCUUCUCAACUCAUCAAUAGCUUCGCAGAAUUCAGCAGCUACAAGUGAACGUCUGAACGUUGAACCAACCGGAGAACAAGUUGCUCAAAAUAAGCUAAACAACGCCAAUAGCUUCCAAUGCAACGAUUCUAAGCUUGAAACUUCUGGCAGCAAAGAUUACUUCUUCGGAAGCACAUACGAACAACCACCGUCUUCAGAUCAUGCCAGUGUCAUGGAAAUAGUCGAUGCAAAUGUAAAUGGUUUGAUCAACCGACCGGCAAUAGCAUUCAUCACUCAGAAACAUGAUUUGGACAAGCUGCGCUAUGCCAUGAAGAGAAGUCUCAGGAUUGCCACUUGUAGAAUCUAUUCGUUGCAGGCGCUGAAUUGGCUCAUUCGUUCGGUGACGCAAAGUGUUUGUCUGCAUGAUCUGAUGUGGUGGUUUGUGGCUUCGCUAAGUCCAACAAUUGAAUCCUCUGAAAUUGCUAAACUGGAAGAUGGGGAAUUUUCACUCGAACACCCAGUUUCGUUCACGCAGAUAAGUGGAGGAUUUUGUCAAAUCAUCACACAGAGCCUACACGUAUUUUUACAAUCUGUUGCCGAUUUGACUCUCUAUCUGCCUGCGGGUUCGCCACUCCAGAGGAUUGCUAUUCAGAGCUUUGGUAUCAAAUUUCGACAGACUGAUCAUCAAUUCUUGCAUAGCUCACAUGUUUUUGGCAAUAUCUCGAAGAUACUGUCUAAAUCCGAUGAACAGAAUGAAGCUAUGGGAUUAUCGUCGAUGACGAUGGGCGAAUCGAAUAUCCAUGAUGGAAUGGGGGAUCAUAAUUUUGCUAGAGGUUCUGGUGCGAAGUCUCUAAACUAUACAGACUUGAAUGGAAUGUUUGAGAUCACGGUAUCAUCCCGGCAGGCUAUGGCCGAAUCCCUUACAGACAAUUCUACUGAAACAUUCUGGGAAAGUGACGAGGAAGAUCGAAAUAAAUGUAAAAUAAUUGAAGUGUCCAUGAGUAAGUUGAACUAUACGUGUAAAACAAUCUUAGUUCACAUUGACAAUAGUCGAGAUAUCCAGAACAAAGUUUCGAAUGUUGUAUUCUAUGCUGGACAAUCACUUGGUGACACAACUUUGAUAAAAUCGGUCGAUAUUGAUUCAAAAGCCUGUGCAUGGACGUCUGUGAAAAUAACUGAUGAAACUUGUACUCAUUUUCGAUUGGAAUUCAGAGGUCCAGAGAGCACCCUUCGAGUUAGGCAAAUCAAACUACUUGGUCUACCCAAUAAUCUCGAUGAAUUGACCCAUGUCGCUGCAAAGGCUAACUUGAAAUUAACCAAUGCCACUCGAAUCCAACAGCAAAUUUGCGAAUCAGAAACUCUGAGAGUAUUCAGAUUGAUUACAGCUCAGGUGUUUGGAAAACUCAUAUCAACUGGUGAGAAUAACAGAAAGCAUUCGACACUCGAGUCGAGUAGCGUCAAUUCGUUAUUGGCUGAUUCUCUGGAUCUCCGGGAGCAUAUGGUCGGAAUUCUGUUUAGUCGCAGUAAAUUGAGCCAUCUCCAGAAACAGGUUAUAGUUCAUAUUGUUCAUGCAAUCAAAAAAGAAGCCCAACGGGCCAAGGAGGAGUGGGAAAUUGCAAAUGUAGCCAAUACCACUGCCUUCAAAGAAGCGCAUACAUCUUUGGCCGAUCAUAAGAGUGAAUCGAGCACAAGCGAACGUGAGAGAUUCCGUGCUCCCGACACGUAUUGCUUUGAAAUGUUAAGCAUGGUCCUGGCUUUGUCAGGAAGUGCCGUAGGUCGUUCGUAUCUGUCGCAUCAACAUGGACUUCUCAAAGACCUGUUGAGUCUUUUACACACCGGCAGUGAUCGUGUCCAGCGGCAAGUUACUGCUCUUUUACGUCGAAUUCUGCCAGAGAUAAGUCCUGAAGUGUUUUCUGAUCUGCUUUGCGUUCAAAAGAUGCCUCCAUUUGACUUUAAUAUUGUCCAUCAAAACCCUGAAGAUUUCGAUAUGAAUCGUUUGGGAAUCUUGGAUAUUUUCCUGGCGGUAAUUGCAAAAUCUCUACAGCUGCAAGUCAAAAUAAAAACCAACAGCUCCACGUCUAAGGGAAACGUCGAAAAGAAUCCAUCGUUUGUGCGACUUUUUCAGUCCGUGGACUUGUCAGUUCAUCAACUAAGAACGGUCAAUGUAAAGCCUACCACAAAAGAGAAUGAAGAUGAUAUCAGGGAUUUGUGCAUGUCGCCAUUUGGAACCGGUGCAAAAACUUCAUCAGAUUAUCCUGAUAUGGUAACUUCAAAGAAAAAGCCAAAAGAUGUCACAAAGAACAUAAAUCAGCGUUGGUUCUUAAAGUCUGGAGUUAUUUCAAUGAAACAAGCCGAAAGCAUCAUAAAUCUUAUCAAGGAUAUGGCAAGCGGUAAACUGUCGGAUAAAUGGUCACGUGUUACAAAAGCAGCCAUCGCCGAAUCAGUUCUUAACCUAACGCGCUUGGAGGAAAUCUUUCGAAAUCCAGAAAAUUGUAUCAAAACUGCAACGCUCUGGUUAGCCUUGGCUAGCUUGUGUGUCCUUGACAAGGAGCAUGUUGAAAAGCUUUCGUCGGGACAGUGGUCAAAAGUCUCCGACAGUCGACCAAUGUGUACCAACCAUGACGAUGGGGAGACUGCUGCUAUAAUUCAGUGUGAAACAUGUGGCUCCCUAUGCGGAGAUUGUGAUAGAUUUUUACAUUUAAAUCGAAAAACUCGUAACCAUAAACGUACCGUAUGCAAGGAGGAAGAAGAAGCCAUCCGAGUUGAGCUCCACGAAAGUUGUGGCCGAACAAAACUAUUCUGGCUUUUGGCUUUAGCUGAUUCUAAGACUCUAAAGGGAAUGGUUGAGUUCCGAGAUGGAAGUCAUACAAUUAUUUCCGGCCCACAGGAGACUGUUGGUCGUUGUAGGUUCUGUGGUGUAACUGGGAACUCAGGGCUGCUGGAAAUUGGAAAUGUUUGUUCAGAUGUCCAGUGCCAGGAGUACAAUGCAAAUUCAUGUCUGAAAACCAAACCCUGUGGGCAUAUGUGUGGGGGAGUGGCUAACGAAAAGAAGUGUCUGCCAUGUCUGCAGCAUGUUUGCCAUGCGAAGGAAAACGAAAUGGCUGCAGAACUCAAGAAGCCUAAGCUUACUCAAGAUGCUGACGAUAUGUGUAUGAUUUGCUUCAUUGAGGCACUAUCCUGUGCUCCAUCUGUUCAUUUGGAAUGUGGGCACGUUUUCCAUUAUCACUGCUGCAAAAUGGUUCUGGAAAAACGAUGGAUCGGUCCAAGGAUUACAUUUGGAUUCUCUUUAUGUCCCAUUUGUAAGGCAGAUAUUCAACAUGAACUGUUGGCAGAGAAUUUAGAACCCAUUAAUUCCCUGAAGGAAGAUGUAAAACGAAAGGCUUUAAUGAGGAUCAAAUAUGAGGGCAUCGUUAAAGCAACUGAUGAUAAGGAUCUCACCAAUCUGGCUAUGGAUCGAUACGCCUACUAUGUUUGCUUUAAAUGCAACAAGGCUUAUUACGGCGGAGAAGCCCGUUGCGAUGCAGAGGGUGGCGAAAUGUUCAAUCCAGAAGAACUUGUCUGUGGAGCUUGUUCUGAUGUUGCACGAGCACAAAUGUGCCCCAAGCAUGGAACCGACUUUUUAGAAUACAAAUGUCGUUACUGCUGUUCGGUUGCAGUUUUCUUCUGUUUCGGAACAACUCACUUCUGUGACACCUGUCACGAUGAUUUCCAGCGAUUGACAAACAUUCCAAAGAACAAACUACCACAAUGCCCAGCCGGGCCUAAGGCUAAACAAUUAAUGGGCGAUGAAUGUCCCUUACAUGUUAUACAUCCACCAACGGGUGAAGAAUUUGCAUUGGGAUGUGGAAUUUGUCGUAAUGCUCAGACAUUUUAAAAUCUUAACUAGGAGCUUAUUUAAGAAUAAUAUUUAAUACAAAUAAAAAAGAACUUGAUUAUUUAUCUAACUUUACUAUUCAAUAAUUAUACAAACAAAAUGGAAAUGUAGUUUUAGUAAACUCACUACACUAUGUACACUAUUUAUUUAUAUUUAUUUAAAGACGAUGCAAUGCGAAUUAUUUAAAAAUAUAUUGAUGUAUUAAUCUUUACAAACAA